GUGGACAAUUUCGUCGGCAUAGCAACUGACAAAUAAUAAAUCAAGAAGAAGCAAUCAUUACGAAUGUGUUCUUUUAAAUGUUAAGUGCCCCAGCCCCCUUUAUUUACUCACACUUGAAGUAAAAUAAUAUGAGUCAUAAUCGAUAAUCAACAGUCAACAACAGUCAAAUUUAGAUGAGAUAAUUUUCUUCGGUUACAAAAAAAAGGUCAUUUUGACCAAAAUGUAUUUAUAAUUUUAACGAAUGGCAGUUGGACCAGUUAAAGACAUAACAAAUAAACUCAAAGCUGUUUUUGUUUUUAUUUUAUAACAACGGCAGAGAUAUCGGUUGAACUUUGAAAUACCAAAGAGAUAAGCUUUCGUUUCUAGUGUGACAAAUGUAACUAGUAACUACGCGGAUUCAUGCGACAAAUUAUAAUCUGAUUAAAGAUUAUUUAUGAAACCUUGCUUGCUCCCCUAUUUGUGUAGAUAUAGUAAUUUCUGCAUUUCUGAUCUAAUUGGUUUUUUUUUUUUUUCAAAUUUAUUUUAUAAUUCCAUUGACCUGUGGUAAACUUUGACCUCUUCACCCCCAUCCGCCAGAGCAACGGAUUCUCGGAAAAACAAAAAAUGAUAAUGACCUUUUCUGCGAAAUAAAACUCAAAAGAACUCUACUUUGCUUGCGGCAAAUUCAUCAGUCUAAGUUGAACUAUUGGCCUCUACGUUCUUCCUGUAUUUGCACGGGCUUUCUUCGGUUGACUCUUCUAGUUAGUAAAAGUUAACGAUUCCGGCGGAAAUGAAGUUCGUUGUGCUGCUUGCUACCUUCGUUGUCUGCUGUUCUACCGUGAUUUCCGAAUCCGUGACGUCAUCACCUCACAGGAGCGCCUCGCUCAUUAUGAAUAAUAGAGGAAGCUAUCAAAGGAUUCCACAGGAGAAAAUCGUAGGAGGGACAAUAGUCGUGCCCAAUUCGCUUCCAUUCCAGGUUUCCAUACAGCGCCGGAGUGACGCCGGAUCUCGCUGGGCUCAUUACUGCGGAGGAGUUAUUCUUGAUGCUAAUGUCGUCAUCACUGCCGCCCAUUGCGUCUCCGGGAUUGAUGACACCUCUUUGCGCGUAGUCGCCGGAGAGCACAGUCUCUCCAUCAACAGCGGACAUGAACAGGAUGCAUUUCCCGUUUCAUUUAUCGUGCACGAAGAAUACGAUACCGAUCAUUUCAAAAACGACAUCGCCCUUAUUUUCAUGAACCAAGCUCCUUUGGAUCUCAGUGUGCCUUCUGCCAAACCAAUUAACUUACCGGAGCCUACCUCUCAGUACGAUCCGCCAGCUGGAACUCACGUCAACGUAUCCGGAUGGGGAUUCACGAAUUCUGCAUCCUGGUCAAAUGACAGGCUCUCCGACCUUCUCCGAAGUGUCAACAUCACGGUGGUUUCCGACCAAGUUUGCGACAAGGCUUACGGUGGUGAUUCCGAAAAUCGAAUCGUUCUUCCAUCGAUGAUGUGUGCUGGUGACAUGAAAAAGGGCGGCCUUGAUUCUUGUCAGGGAGACUCUGGCGGCCCGCUGUUCACAGGCAGUGGUGAGACGGCCGUCCUUUACGGAAUUGUCUCCUGGGGCGAAGGAUGCGCUUUAGCUUCUUAUCCUGGUAUCUACACUCAGGUGUCUUACUUCUUAGACUGGAUUGCAGCCAACCAAAGGGUUUAUUCCAACUACUUUAAUUGGCCGCAUCUCCGCCAUCUCUCAACUCGAUCAAUGCCAACACCCGAUUUCAAACAUGUUCGAACUGUGUCGACAUCAUAA